AUGAGCGUUGCUAUGGCUCGCCGUCGGCCCUCCCUUCGCGGCACUGUGCUGGCAGUGCUUGGCCUGCCCCUGUGCUUCUCCGAAGCCAGCGCUGCGGAACAGGUUCCCUUGGGAUGCUUCCUUUACGGCUGGAAGGUCGCCGAGGCGCUCAGCGGCAUCUCAAACCCAGUGAACGCCUCAGAUGCGGUGGAGUGCCAGAAGAAAUGUGCGGCCACCGACGAGUGCAAGUCCUUUGGCUUCCAGACAUCUUUCAAUGCUUGCUGGCUGGGAUCGGACAUUCAGACUCCAAGCAGGGCACUGUCAAAUGGCUUCGUGGCUGGGCCGGCCAAAUGUGUUGCGGAAAGAAGAUUCCUGAGUGGCUUGGAGGCCAGCCCCGCUUGCACUGCAUCGCCAAGCAUUCGGUUUCCCGGUCGGACGGCCGGAGAGUCAGCAUCCACCUUCACCUCCGGCAUGGUCCCUGUGCCCCUGCAAUGCUGGCCGCACUACGCAGCAACCGGGAAGCCGGCCUUGUGCAAGGGCUCCCUGAUGCAAGUCCUGGAGGAUUCUGCCACGGGCUGGCCCGGAAACUGUCUAGGCUUGCAUUUCCUGCCGGACGAGACGUCAGAAACUUGUGAGACGAGUUGUCGCGGCAAUGUCAGCUGCUCAACAUUCCAAGUCGUUGAAACCGAUGCCGGGAUGCUGGAAUGCUGGCAGGGCACCGGCUACGACUGUUUCCGAGACAAUGUGCAGGCCCAGAACCCAGAAGGGGCCUUGCUGGAGAAGGAGAAAAUUCUGGCUGCAAAGCGCUUUCUGCGUGGCCGGUACCGCGUUCUGAAGGACUUGCGCGGCUUUGAGGUGACAGGGUUGCAGUAUGCCUUCGGCAAGGAAGCUUUUGGAUCGGAUGUGGAGCAGGCUGUCAUGAUGUGCAACCACACCUGCUUAUCUCUUGUUACGUGUCAAGCCUGGAGAUAUUCCACGGGGGAUGGAUGCUGGUUUGAUCGUGGCGAGCUUGUUUAUCCGCCAACCACCGAUACAUUUAUGAAGGGCACGGAAGCAGCAGCACUCGUUGUGGCCGGGGCCUAUGUCCAGCGGCUGUGCGAGGUUCCGCAGGAUCUGCACGAGGUGGUCUCGACAUCGGCCGCCAUCGCCAUAAUGACGACUCCAGAGGCCCUCAGCCUCUCCACUCUGCCGCUGAGCACUCUCCCUCCGCCGGUGCUGCCGCCGGUGCCGCCCGUGGCCGCUCUGAUCAAUGCUACCGCUCUUCCAGAUGUCCCUGGUGUCUCGGGUGUCUCGUGGACGCUCUCCACGACGCACACGCCAUCCACGACCGCCGCGACCGCCGCGAGCGCGACGGUGACCACAAACGGAAGCGCCUCCUUCCUCCCAGCGGUCACCGUCGCGAGCUCGGCGAGCCACCAGAGCUCCCAGGACACGUCCGACCGAUUUCCCGGCACCUUCUUGCGGGUUCUCUCGUCAGGCUUGGUCUUCUACAAGAGUGCCCGGCGCUUACCCGGCGGCGAGCGCGUCGUCGAUCAGUGCCGUGCAGCUGCCUCCGUCUCCGAGGAGGAGGUGAUCAGUGACAGCACGGGCCAGGCCUGGCCAGAGUCUGGCGCAGUCUGCCGGUGGGUCGCAGAACUGGUGGGCCGGAGCCUUGUCUGCUUCGAGGAAUGUCCUGCUGAUAUUUGCAGCGGUCCUUGCCCUCUGCUGCAAGAGCCCAAGGAAUCGUCGCGAAGCAGCGUGAAGACGGAAGGCAUGACGGAGGCGGAAGAGGUGGAUCGGUGCCCGGAGCUGGAUGGAUACUUGCCACGGACCGAGUCAGCGGGGCUGCGAGAAUAG